UGUUUGGAGCAGCGAUUCUACGGAGGGGCAGAGACCCGCAACAGCCUGCGCUAACCGAGGGCGAGUCUGAACCAUUUCAUCCUCUGGAUUUUACGCGCAACAGGACUAUUUUUCUUUCUUUUUUUUUCUUUCCUGUGUUUUUUUCUUUUUACGUUGGUGUGGGGAGAAGAGCAAAAAAAAAAAAAAGAAGAAUCACUCGUAAAAGGCAACUGCGUGGCCACACUCUCCCUCCCACCCCAGCCGAGGUCGUCUAGCUGGAGAUCCAUUCUCUUGCGUGGCACAAGUCUGGUAUUUUCUUUCAGCUGCAAACCCGGUCUGACGGAGGGGAUCAGUCCAAGAGGAGCUAAAGGGAGAAAUUUGGUAUUCAAACCGAGCCGGGACUGCUCUGCGGGGAUCUUACUAUAGCCUGUGCUUGCUGGAUGGCAUAGGCAAAAAACGGGGGGUUUUCAUUCAUUUUUCAGCCCCUCUCAGCCACCACCCCUGUGGAUCUGUCCGUGUGUGUGUUUUUUUUUUUUUUUUUUUUCGCCCUCCUCUUUAUCAUUCAGCCUUGUUCACGAGUGGAAUGCUGUGAACGAUUUAUGGGGCUGCUUGUGGAAUUAUAAAUUACGAAAAAAAAAAAAAGAUCUAGGCAGACUUGUGUUUUUAUUGUCCACGCUAGGCCUUAACACACUGGAGGCGCACUGCUGUUUUUAAGAGAUGGAGAAUGAAGAUGGGGAUUACCAUCAUUUAUCCAGGAAAAUCACUGGCCCGUGUGCCACACCAGCCAAAGUGUACAGUGAUCGGCAAAAAUAGCAGACUGCAUUUUUGGGAUUUUUCUUUUCGAUCAAAAACGCCUCCCCUCUCCAAUCAAAUCGCAUUUAUUUAUGUUUUUAAGUAGAUCUACAUAAUAAAAAAAACACACAUUUGGAAGCUGCUAAAGAGUAGCCUUUCGGGCUACAGACAUUUAUUAUUCCUUUUUAUUUAUAUUUUUUCAAUUCCUGUUUUUUUUUUUUUUUUUUUAAUGUGCAGGAUCUCUUGCGACUGGUGGACGUGUACGAACCUGCUAUUUUAUUUAAUUUUUUUGCGUUUUGUGAAAGGAAAAUAAUGAACGUGGGAGCAGAAACAUCGAUGGGUAGCCUGACCUUGUUUUGGGGUUUGCUGCUGUUUUUUUCUUCUGUCUGCGUGCGAUCCACUCAUGGAGAGAUCUGUAGCCCGAGUAUUGACAUCCGGAAUUACAUAAGUGAAUUCCAGGCUCUUGAGAACUGCACAGUGUUGGAAGGUUUCCUACAAAUCGUUUUAAUCAACGAAAGGACAAGCGCCAUCAACCAGGAGGUCUUCCGCACCCUCAGCUUCCCGAAGCUGACYGUCAUCACCGACUAUCUGCUGCUGUUCCGCGUUCCUGGCCUGGAUAGCCUCAGCACGCUCUUCCCCAACUUGAGCGUCAUUCGAGGCCGUAACCUCUUGUAUGGAAACGCUUUGGUGAUCUAUGAGAUGACCAACCUGAAGGACAUUGGCCUCUACAACCUGAUGAACAUCACCCGUGGGACCGUGCAGAUUGAAAAGAACCCAGAGCUCUGUUUCAUUGACUCGGUGGACUGGUCUUUGAUCAUGGACAGCAAUGUUAAUAAUGUUAUAACUGGGAACAAGGAGUCGAAGGAGUGCGAUGAUGUCUGCCCRGGCACAAUGGAGGAUAACCCUACAUGUCAGAGGACAUUGGUCAAAGGCAACAAUGACUACCGCUGCUGGACAUCAAAGCAUUGUCAGAAAGUGUGUCCUGAGCAGUGCAAGUUGGCCUGUAUGGACAACGGGGAGUGUUGCCACAGUCAGUGCUUGGGGGGCUGCUCCGAACCCAACAACGACAUGGCAUGCUCGGCGUGCAUCCACUACAAACAYGAGGGUCGCUGCGUGUCGGACUGUCCUGAAGGCACCUUCAUGUUCGAGGGCUGGCGCUGCAUCACCAAGAGGGAGUGCUCUGAAGUGCACCUCUCCAACGACAAUCCCUUUGUCAUCCACAAAAGAGAAUGUAUGAAUGACUGUCCCUCUGGCUUCACUCGCAGCGAAACUGAUCGCAUGCUGUGCACCGCUUGCAAUGGUCUGUGCGACAAGCUCUGUACGGCCUCUGUUAUUGAUUCUGUGGAUGCUGCUCAGUCCCUGAAGGAGUGCACCGUCAUCGAAGGCAAUCUGGUCAUCAACAUCCGCAACGGAAUUAAUAUAGCCUCGGAGCUGGAGACCUUCAUGGGACUGAUCCAGACAGUGAUGGGAUAUGUGAAAAUUCGACACUCUCACUCUCUCAGCUCGUUGUCCUUCCUCAAAAGCCUCCGAUACAUCAACGGGAAGGAACUUAUUGAAGACACAUAUUCGUUCUCCGCCGUCAACAACCAGAAUCUGCAGUCCUUGUGGAAUUGGACCCAGCACAACYUGACUAUUCAGGCAGGGCGUAUCUUCUUCCGUGGAAACCCGAAGCUCUGCGAGUCUGAGAUUCACGCCAUGUGGGAAAAAACGGGCAUAAUUGUAAAGCCAGAAGAGGGUGAUUUCCGCUACAACGGUGAAAGAGCCAGCUGUGAAAGUCACACCUUGAAGUUCAAGUCUAACAUUACAACAAGCAACACGAUCACGCUGACAUGGGAACGCUACCAAGUGUCYGACCGUGGAGAUCUCUUAAGCUUCAUAGUCUACUACAAGGAGUCACCUUCCCAGAAUAUCACAGAGUUUGAUGGCCAGGAUGGCUGUGGCUCCAAUAGCUGGCACAUGGUGGACGUGGACCUUCCACAGGACAAAAACACAGAUCCCAAAUUUACUCUUCAAUCUCUCAAGCCCUGGACCCAGUACGCCAUUUAUGUGAAAGCCACCGCCCUGCAGAUGAAGGACGAACACGUCUCCGGGGCGAAGAGCGACAUCAUUUAUAUCCGCACGCGACCUUCGCUGCCGUCCGUGCCCAAAGAUGCCCACGCAUAUGCCAACUCUUCAACCAAGUUGCUAGUGAAGUGGUCACCUCCAGUUUUUCCCAACGGCAAUCACAUUUACUACCUGGUGCGCUGGCAGCGGCAGCAUGAAGACCGGGAGCUCUUCAAGUAUAACUACUGCUCCAAAGGGCUGAAGUUACCGAUCCGGAGCCCAUCAUUAGAGCCCACAGAGGGGAAGGAUCACCUAAACCCCCCAAAAAUUACCCUGCCUGGGGAUAAAAUGGAACAGUGCUGUCCUUGCCAGAACACACCCAAAGAGAAGAAGGACAAGCAUGACCCCUACUUUUUAAAAGCUUUUGAGAACUUCCUCCAUAAUGUCAUCUUUCUUCCAAGACCUCCAGAUCGUCGUCGCAGAGACCUCUUUGGUCUUGCUAACCACACUCAGCUUCACGACAGCAGUCAGGGCAAUACAACACUUGGCUCAGGGGAUAACAGCACACAUGUCAUCCCUCCUGUCAUUGAGUAUCCCUUCCUCGAAGACAGAACCUUAGCAGGAUCUUUAGAAAUCUCUGACCUGCAGCCUUUCACCUUGUACCUUAUUGAAAUCCACGCCUGCAACGAGGACCUGGGCUUCAACUGCAGCAUCGGAGCUUUUAUUUUUUCUAGGACUAAACCUGCCGCCAAAGCAGAUGACAUCCCUGGGAAGGUUGUCUAUGAAAUUUGUGACAAGACCGAGGGGUGUGUGGUGCUGCACUGGUCAAAGCCUGUCUCGCCUAACGGACUUAUUCUGAUGUAUGAAAUCAAGUACCGUCUGGGGAAUGAGCCUGAGAAGCAUAAAUGUGUGUCGCAUCAGCAGUACCACAAAUUCAACGGAGUUCGCUUGACGAUCCUGAGCUCCGGGAACUACUCUGCUCAAGUGAGAGCCACGUCUCUGGCAGGAAACGGCUCAUGGACAGAGAGCAUCUUCUUCUAUGUGCCUCCGCCUAAACGAGAUGAUUUUGCGACUCUCUACUUGGUCAUCAUCCUGCCCAUUAUAGCGACUCUCGUAAUCGCAAGCCUCACCACCAUCCUCUUCAUCAUCAACAAAAAGAGAAACAACAACAGACUUGGGAAUGGAGUCCUUUAUGCAUCUGUCAACCCAGAGUACAUCAGUGCAGCUGAAAUGUACACUCCRGAUGAGUGGGAGGUGGCCAGGGAAAAGAUCACCAUGCACAAGGAGCUGGGGCAGGGCUCCUUUGGCAUGGUGUACGAAGGCACAGCCAAAGGCGUCAUCAAGGAUGAACCUGAGACACGGGUGGCGAUCAAGACGGUGAACGAGUCAGCAAGCAUGAGGGAGCGGAUAGAGUUUCUGAACGAGGCGUCCGUGAUGAAAGAGUUCAACUGUCAUCAUGUGGUGCGGCUGCUGGGUGUGGUCUCUCAGGGACAACCAACCUUGGUUAUCAUGGAGCURAUGACCCGCGGAGAUCUCAAGAGUCACCUCCGCUCUCUUCGUAACGAAAACACCACCUCUCAGGUCUUGCCCCCGCUGAAAAAGAUGAUCCAGAUGACGGGGGAGAUUGCAGACGGCAUGGCUUACCUGAACGCCAACAAGUUUGUCCACAGAGACCUGGCUGCCAGGAACUGCAUGGUAGCGGAGGACUUCACGGUGAAGAUAGGAGAUUUUGGCAUGACCAGAGAUAUUUAUGAGACGGAUUACUAUCGAAAAGGAGGAAAGGGCCUGCUGCCAGUUCGCUGGAUGUCUCCAGAGUCACUGAAAGAUGGCGUCUUCACAACAAUGUCUGAUGUCUGGUCAUUUGGUGUCGUGCUGUGGGAGAUCGCCACCUUAGCUGAACAGCCUUACCAGGGCAUGUCCAACGAACAAGUGCUGCGCUUUGUCAUGGAAGGGGGACUCCUGGACAAACCCGACAACUGCCCGGACAUGCUGUUUGAGCUGAUGAGGAUGUGCUGGCAGUACAACCCCAAGAUGCGUCCGUCCUUCCUGGAGAUCAUCAGCAGCAUCAAAGGGGAUCUGGAUCCCCACUUCCAGGAGGUGAGCUUCUUCUACAGCGAGGAGAACAAGCCGCCGGACAUGGAGGAGCUCGACAUGGAGGUGGAGAACAUGGAAAACAUUCCACUGGACCCUGUGUCUACCAGGCAACCAUCAGCUGCUGGCGUUCCCCCGACUGGGUGCAUGGGAAGCAGGUCACCUCCUUCCUCGCAGCAGUUGUCCCCCUUGCAAGGCCCAAGUACUCCCUUACUAGGAUCUGUGUCCCAUUCGCCACCGGGGCCUCCGCCCUCGGCCAUGACGUCUUCGGGACAGGGCUCGGACAAGCACUCAGGACAUGCUUUGGCCAACGGGCCUGUGGUGGUCCUGCGGCCCAAUUUUGACGAGUUGGAGCCGUACGCACACAUGAACGGAGGCAGAAAGAACGAGCGGGCGUUACCGCUGCCCCAGUCAUCGGCCUGCUGAUAUCAGUCCAGCAUCUCCUCUUCCU